GGCCGUGUGAUCUCUGCCCCCAGGGGCCCGGCGAGGACUUUGCCCCGGUGGGUGUGACGGCAGCUUAUGGCAUAGAGCAGCCCGCGGACUCCCACACGCCAUGGACGGCGCGGCCGAGCUGAUGGUCCGGUACCUGGCCCCGGCCACGGGAUGCGGGGUCCCCGAGCACGGCUGGAGGAUCUGCCUGGCGCAUGAGUUCGAGGAGAAGAGGAAACCUUUUAACGUCGGCGACGUGUCUACGGCUCAGAUGGUGUCUCACCUGCCCAUGGGGAUCAGGUAUCUCCUCUGGUGGUGGCGGAAGACCCGCGUGGAGAAGAAGGCUCCCUUCAUAGACAUGUUCAAUACGGUUCCCCUACGGCAGAUCUACGGGGCCCCGCUAGGUGGGAUCGGGGGAGGAACCAUUACCCGCAGCUGGCGGGGGGAGUUCUGCCGAUGGCAGCUGAAUCCUGGGCUUUACCAUUACAAGGCGGUGACGGAGAACCAGUUUACCGUGUGCGUCCGCCGCAGGGGCCACACCGUGUACCAGCAGGUCCUCUCCGUGGAGCAUCCGCAUGCCCUGCAAGGCUGGAACUGGGGCUAUUGCGGGAGCCAAGCCUUUUACCACGCCCUGUACCCACGCGCAUGGACGGUGUACCAGCUGCCGGGCCAGGACGUCACCCUCACCUGCCGCCAGGUGUCCCCGAUCAUCCCUCACGACUACAAGGACUCUUCUCUGCCCCUGGCCCUCCUCAUCUGGGAGGUGGAGAGCUCCAGCGAUGAGGAGACUGAGGUGACCAUUAUGUUCAGUCUGAGAAACGGAAGCGGGGCCCGGAGUGAUCGAGCCGGGGGCCACUGGAAUGAACCAUUCCACCUGCACACAGAGGGGGAGCCAGUGAGCGGGGUCCUUCUACAUCACUGCACCGACACCAACCCCUUUACGCUGGGGGUAGCAGCGCGGCACGGGACAGGGGUUCACGUGUCUCACUGCACGGAGUUUGACCCGGCGGGGAUGGGGCAGGAGGUAUGGAAGGACCUGCUGGAGGACGGACGUCUGGAUUCACCCGGGGGUCCCAGCAACCCGACUGCCAAGGGCAAGAAGACGGCAGCUGCGGUGGCCGCCGGGUGCUCAGUGGCCCCAAGAGGACGGGCAACGCUGGAGUUCUGCCUGAGCUGGGACAUGCCGAAGAUACGCUUUGGCUCUGGAGAGAAGGAGCACCACAGGCGGUACACGCGGUUUUUCGGCAGCGCGGGGGACGUGGCCCCGGCCCUCUGUCGGUACGGAUUGACUCAUUACCGGGACUGGGAGGAGAAAAUCGAGGCGUGGCAGGCGCCGAUCCUUCAGGAUGGAGAUCUCCCGUCCUGGUACAAGUCGGCCCUCUUCAACGAGCUCUACUUCUUGGCGGAUGGCGGCACCGUCUGGGUGGAGGUUCCGGGGGAGAGCGCCGCUGACGGGCUCCUGAGUUUGGGCUCCCGGGAGUUGCCGGGGAUGAAGAGCCUCCUGCAGGAAUAUGGCCGCUUCGCCUACUUAGAAGGGCAGGAGUACCGGAUGUAUAACACGUAUGACGUCCACUUCUAUGCCUCGUUUGCGCUGAUCAUGCUCUGGCCGCAGCUGGAAAUCAGUCUCCAGUACGACAUGGCCGCCUCGGUGUUGCAGGAGGAUCCGGAGCGGAGGAAAUACCUGAUGAGCGGCUCCGUGGCUCCUGUCAAAACUAAAAACGUGGUGCCGCACGACGUCGGGGACCCUGAUGACGAGCCGUGGCAGAAGCUCAACGCCUACCUGAUCCACGACACGGCCGACUGGAAGGACCUGAACCUCAAAUUUGUGCUUCAGGUUUAUCGAGACUAUCACAUGACCAGAAGCUCCUCCUACCUGAGGGACAUGUGGGCUGUCUGCCAGGCUGUCAUGGACGCCACGCUGAGGUUCGACACGGACUGCGACGGGCUGAUAGAGAACUCCGGGUUUGCCGACCAGACGUAUGACGGUUGGGUGAUGACGGGGCCCAGCUCGUACUGCGGGGGUCUCUGGCUGGCCGCUGUCUGCGUGAUGUGUCACAUGGCCCAAAUCCACGGCGACACCGCCGCCUACGAUAAGUUCUCUGCCAUCUUGAAGAAGGGGAAGGAAUCGUUUGAGAAUAGGCUGUGGAACGGGAAAUAUUAUAACUACGACUGCGGGAGCCAAAUGUACCGCGACAGCGUCAUGUCUGACCAGUGCGCCGGCCAGUGGUUCCUGCGGGCGUGCGGCCUGGGCGAGGGGCGCAGCGAGGUGUUCCCCAAAGACCACGUGGCCAGCGCCCUGAGAACGGUGUUUGAGUUGAACGUUAAGCGCUUCGGAGACGGGCGGCUGGGGGCCGUGAACGGGAUGCGCCCGGACGGCACCGUCGAUAAAUCCAGCGUGCAGUCUGACGAGGUCUGGGUCGGGGUGGUUUAUGGACUCGCUGCCACCAUGAUCCACGAGGGCCUGGUGCAGGAAGGAUUUGCCACGGCGGAGGGCUGUUACCGCACGGUCUGGGAGAGGCUGGGAAUGUCCUUCCAAACCCCUGAGGCCUACUGCGAGAAGAACGUCUUCCGCUCCCUGGCCUACAUGAGGCCCCUCAGUAUCUGGGCCAUGCAGCUGGCGCUGGACCGUCGGGCCGAGGAGAAGCCCCCCCAGCCGACCCCGAGAGAGAGCGCGAGACGGCACCGUGAUGUGCAGAAUGCUCUGUGA